GGCUGCUGCGGGGGGAGCGGGGCGCCGGUGUCACCCGUGGGAGCGCUGGGGAGGUGGUUCUGCCCCUCGGGAUUCUAUCGCGACAUCGGGAUGCUCAAAACUGCCCGAUACCGCGACAUGUGGGUGCCCGGGGACACUGCUCCCUGUCGCGACAUGGGGGUACCUGGACACCUCCUGUCCUCUUCCACGUGGAACGAGAUCACCCGUUAUUUCCGAGCGGGGAUGCCCGUGCGGCGGCACCGGCAGCGRUUCCGCACUCACGGCAGCUGUUUCACCGCCGCCGAAGCCGCCGAUUGGCUCCACCAGGUGCUCCGCAGCAACAGCAGCUUCGGGCCCGAUGUCACCCGGCAGCAAACCGUGCAGCUGCUGCGGAAAUUCCUCAAAAACCACGUUAUCGAGGAUGUCAAAGGCAGGUGGGGAGCGGAAAACCUGGAGGACAACGGUGCUCUGUACAGAUUUCCUUCAACAUCUCCAGUUAAACCUCUACCAAGCCCACCAAGGGAGAACUUGGAAAACUUGUCUGGAGACAAAGGRAAACUUUUCAAACUGCCCAGUUCAUCCAAGAGGCCUUUGAAAAAGCAGGAAUUCCUGCAGUCUCUGGAAAACUUACCAAGACCAAAACCUGAUGGAAUGGAAGAAAAGAAGGAAGACACACUGCAGAGGAGGGAAAUAAGCCAGGAAUAUGUGCAAGAAACAUGGAAAAACAUCAUCAUGAUACAUUUGCAAACCAUUCUGGGGCUGCCCUCGCUGGAGGAGCUUCUGCAGCCAGCCCAGAUUGUUCCUGAGUUUGUCAUGUACAACAUGAGCAACACCAGCAAACACGGGGUGGUGAUUCUGCASGACAAAGCAGAAGACCUCCCUCACUGGGUGCUGUCAGCUAUGAAGUGCUUGGCCUACUGGCCCAGGAACAAUGACAUGAGCCAAGGCACCUACAGUGGGUUUGAGCGGGAYGUGUUCAGAACAGUUGCUGAUUAUUUUCUCAGUCUUCCUGAGCCAUUGCUUACUUUUGAAUACUAUGAACUCUUUGUUAACAUCUUAGUUAUGUGUGGCUACAUCCCAAUUCCAGAUCUGGGCAGUGGAAAACACUCUGUCCAAGAGGAGAAACGUGACCCUCAGCCUCCAAAAACUCUGCACUUGAACUCUUUCAAGUCCACUGAGUGUCUUCUCCUCAGCCUGCUCCUCAAAGAGCCUGAUGAGCAGGAASGUGAAGCUUCCAGGACAUCUGAGGAAGAGCCAAAUGCCCAAAACCAACGUGGAAAGAAAUGGCAGAAACGUGAAGUGACACAUCAGCAAAGGAGUGCUGGGAAGCUGAUGGGAGGGAGCUGCCAGAAUCUUGCAGGAUUCAGGAAUGGACAAGAUCCACCUGGAGUGUUUAGGAAGAGGUGUUGCUCCUUGGAAAGAAUUGGAGCUGCUCCAAGUGUGUGUAAUAAAGGAGGACCUGAUUCUUUCAGGGGAGGUGGUGUGAACACCAUCACGAAAAGUGGAAAACUUCUGCUGGAAGAGCAUGAAAGGGGUUCAGUGCUGGAGCUGGGCUGGGAUAACUCAGGUCCAACACAGACUCACAGCACCAGGAGAGUGUCUGCCCCUUCCCCCCGGGCUGAGGAGCUGUGGGAUGGCAGAGGAUCAGAGGGAACAGGAACUCACYGCUCCCUCAGCCUGCUGGGCAAGAGGAGCUCCCGCAGCUGCACRGCCAUCAACAGACCCAUUGCUGAGAUCACCGUGAAACCCAGGCCCCAGCCCUGGGGACAAGGACAAGGCAGYCCCUGCGUGGCCAUCAGGCCCGAGGGCACUGCCAGCACCAUCCAGAAGAGGCUGUGCAGGAGCAGCACGGAGCUGUCCCAGUGCUCUGCCCCCCCCUCCCCUUGUGUGCUGCCUGCCACAAAUCUCCUGCAGCCUCACCUGGAACCGAUUGCAGUGGAAGCUCUGCAGAUCUGCUGUUUGCUGCUGCCACCCCCGAACCGCAGGAAGCUGCAGCUGCUGCUGAGGAUGAUGGCCAGGAUCAGUGGCAAUGUGGAUAUGCCACGGCUGCACGAUGCCAUGGGCACCAGGUCCUUGUUGAUUCAGACGUUUUCCCGCUGUGUCCUGCGCUGUGCAGAGGAGGGAGACCUGGAUGAGCUGCUUUCCACACGCUUGGUUUCCUUCCUGAUGGACCAUCAGCAGGAAAUAUUCCAAGUCCCAACUUACCUGCAGAUUGCAGUGAGGGAUCAYCUCGAGUACCUGAAGCUGGCUCAGUGCAAAGAGCAAAAAGAAGAAAUUUGUGCCAUUCUGCCAACGUAUUCCUACUGCAAACAAAUCACUCCUCAGGAGUUUGAAGAACAAAAGAUCUCCACCUCACAGGCUGCAGUGGCAGAGCUCYUGGAGAACAUCAUCAAGGAUAAAAAUCUCUCUGUGAAGGACAAAAAGAAAAAGUUAAAACAGUUCCAGAAGGAAUAUCCCCAGAUCUACGAGAGCAGGUUCCCAACCACGGAGACAGAAGCUCUGCUCCUGGAGAACAAACCCACCAUCAAACAGCCCAUGCUGAGCCUCAGGAAACCCAAAUUUCGGAGCCUCAGGUAUUGAUCUCACCCCACCCAAGCAGCCCGAGGGAUUCACCAAAGGAAUUGCUGCAGGAGUUUGGUGGUGGUUGUGCUGUAAAGGAGGAAAUGUUUACAUGGACACUGUGCUGGAAGGUGCCAAAAUACCUUAUUUUUGUGCACAUGCUUUAGAAUAACCUCUAAAAGAAAAAUAUUUAUCUGUUUACAAAUUUUUACAAUAUAUUGGAGUAGGAAAAUGUGAAAAUAGACAUAAAGCUAUUGUUAACCAAAAAUUUAUAUAUAGAU